AUGACUUAUAUUAUCCCUCAAAAACACAUUGUCACUAAGGAAGAUCUUGAUGAAUUCUUACAUUCAUCUGCUUAUAAAGAAUAUAUUGAAUACAUAGUGCGUUUAAAUGACUCUAUUAUAAAUCUGAAAAUUGAUUCGGAAGUCAGAAUCUCAGAGAAUGUUCAAAAAGUUUUAUCCAUAUUAGAAACUUUACUACAAUAUGUCAAACAAAUCCCUCCGGUUGAAAAUUCAAAAUCACGCUUUGGUAAUCCAGCUUUUAGAACAUUCUAUGAUAAAGUAAAAGAUUCAAUUUCAGACCUGCUCAAACCACUAGUUCCCGAAGCAGCUAUUAAGGAAGUUGGAACAUAUUUAUGUGAAAGUUUUGGUAAUCGAAAACGAAUAGACUACGGUACAGGACACGAAGCCAAUUUUAUGGCAUGGUUGCUUUGUUUGGAGAAAUUAAAUGUACUCAGUACAGACGAUGAUACAGCUGUUGUUUUACGUAUAUUUGUCAAAUAUAUUGAAUUGAUGAGACAAUUACAAUUUCAAUACUGGCUUGAACCUGCCGGUUCUCAUGGUGUAUGGGGUCUUGAUGAUUAUCAUUUUUUACCAUUUCUUUUUGGAUCUGCACAGCUAUUAGAUCAUAAAUAUAUUAAACCUAAAUCAAUUCAUGACGAAGAUACUGUACAAGAAUUUUCGAAAUCAUAUAUGUAUCUUGCAUGUAUCAAAUUUAUUAAUACUGUAAAGACAACUGCUUCCUUAAGAUGGCAUUCACCUAUGUUAGAUGAUAUCUCUGCUUGCAAAACAUGGGUUAAAGUAAAUCAAGGUAUGAUUAAAAUGUAUAAAGCAGAGGUAUUAUCCAAGUUGCCCAUUAUGCAGCAUUUUAUGUUUGGAAGUCUUAUUCAUUUCGAAGGAGGUCAUCCUGUGACAGAAGAUAUGGAAGAUGAAUGUGGACAUGUUCAUAUGAGCAAGUCUGGAAAUGAAGGCGUGUAUGCUUUGGGUCAAGAAUAUCCUGAUUGCUGUGGUAUCCCUGUUCCAAGUGCUAUUGCUGCUGCUGCUGCUUUAAGAAACAAUGAGGGAGUACCUAAGCCUCGACCUAUCCCUUUUGAUUAA